GUGCUUUUGUUCUGGGACCGUACCCAGGCGGCGGCGGCUUCGGCGUGUCCCGCCCCCUCGCCGUGUGGCGCGUCCUGACGCCUUUCCACGUCGCAGUCGAGUCCUCAGGCGAGCGAGUUGCGUAUGUCUGCGUGUCUCCGGCUAGGCUCGUCGAGGGAGUGAUGGCGGCGCCCGUCCUGAGAGUGUCCACCCCGCGCUGGGAGAGAAUAGCCCGGCUCCUAGUCUGCCUUCUGGGCAUCCUAUUGUCCCUUUAUGCGUUCCACAUCGAAAGGGAAAAGGCCCGGGAUCCGACAUAUCAGGCGAUGUGCGACGUCAGCAGCUCCAUCAGCUGCUCCAGAGUGUUCAGCUCAAGGUGGGGUCGAGGAUUUGGACUCUUGGGCUCCAUUUUUGGAAAUGACAGUGUACUGAACCAACCCAACAGUGUCUAUGGAAUAGUUUUUUAUGCUUUCCAACUCCUUCUAGGAAUGACCGUUAGUGCGGUGGCUGCCGUCAUUCUGAUGACCACAUCCAUUUUGUCGGUGAUGGGCUCGCUCUACUUGGGCUACAUUCUCUAUUUUGUCCUGAAGGAUUUGUGCAUCAUCUGCAUCACCACGUAUGCGCUGAACUUCAUUCUCUUCACCCUCAACUACAAGCGACUGGUAUACUUGAACGACCAAUGGAAGCAACUCCAACCCAAGCAGGAUUAAAGCUGUGUGAGCACAGCAAAAAAAAAGAAAAAAAAAAGUGACACAAAUAAGAAAUGUGACUGACUGAACAUUUGACUUGCCACCAGGAGACCUUGCUUCCAAAUGUUUAUUCUGCUGUGUGUUCACAAAAAAAAAAAAAAUGAAGACAUCUAAACUACAUUUUGGGCCUGACACUUCUCGAAAAGGAUUCAGAAGCAGGAGGUAACUUUAUUUUCUAGUGGUUUCAAAUUGUUUAAACUUUCUCGUCACACAAGAACAAGGCGCGGAGGGCGGAACGCCCACAAGCAAGUCCGGAGGGCGGUUCUCCGCUUCUCAAACAAGAAGGAUCUCUUAUGAGACAAGCGCGGCAGAUGCACUCAAAAAUGGUGAAUUCCAAAAUCAGCGCUGGCAGAUAAGUCUUGAAAUGUCAAGUUUGGGGGGCACGAAUCAAAAAUGCAGAAUUGUUUUGUUUUGGCCCUUCGUGUUUACACUUUUCAGUAAGCUUUUUCUUUUAAGGACCACUCAAAGUGUGUGCAGAUGGGUCAGAUUGAUUGUUUGACCAAUUGUGUACCUAGCCGCUGAGCAAUAUUUCCACCAAGAUUGGUUGACAAAAACACAGGAGGGUAACUUCAAAUGUGUGUGGGGGGGGGGGGGGGGGUGAAGAAACUCAAAUGUGAAGCCGCAGACACAAAACGAGAAGGUUCUUUUCACCAUUACUGUCUGUUCCCGCUGAAAAACGUACGUGCCUAAAGCAUUAUAAUUCGAUUUAUUUUGAAAGCAGGGGCACGUUUUGACCACUACUUUUGCUUGUUGAGUUUCCUGUCAACGGUCUGAGGCUUUAUUUAAUUUUUUUUUUUUUUUUUAGGCUCACAUUUUUUUUGUAACGUAACAUACCAGUCGAGUGUUACUCCCUUCUCGAGGCUCGAGCGGUAGCAGAGGCUGCUACACUGUGAUAUAGUGUCAAUUUCCAGUGAUGAUGAUGCUACCCGGCGGAGUUACACUUGAGUUGCCGGACAAACAAUUGCCAGGAAUGUUGUGUUGACUCAAAUAACAGAAGCAGAACCAGUCGUUGGAACUCCUCAAACAGCGACGCAAGCCAUAUGAGGGCCAGCGAGUCGGACAGGUGAACACUUUCAAUCGAGUAAUAAUUGGAAAAGCAAUCAAGGUGAAAUUUAUAGUAUGCUAGCACAAGUUUUCGAUUCUUUCCCCAUUUCGACUUCGGAGUGUGGCCUUAGGACUCCUUUGUACAGUCCCACUCUACAACCUACGGGUUGGCCACAGGAUAAUUUCACUACUAUAGCGAGCCAAUUUAAAAAAUGGGAUUUAGAGCAUGCUAUGAGCUGCUUUUGUCAAAUGGAUGGACCGUAUUUAUUCAAGUCAAACGAUAAGCAAUGGGUUAACUUUUUCAGUAAUGUGCUUCCUGAAAUAACUUUAAUUGAGUGUACUGCAAUCUACCCAUGUUGCUGUCUAAGGUUUUUCUGUUCUCAUCAUCCUCAAGCGGAAUGUCAUUUGUAUCAAAAAAAGAUCAAACUUCAAACAGAAGUGACGCUUUCUAUGCAUUGAUGGAAACGCUAUCCCGGAUAAAACCAAUGUAAAACAAAAAGGUGGAAUGUUUUGAAAUUCACUUGGUGGCUAUCAUUCCCCAAAAGCAUGCAAUCUUUAUGUUAUGUGCACAGUCCAAAUCCUCACUAUUAUUUUCUGUCAACAUGUGAUCACUCCCACAUUUUUUUUUUAUAUAGUAUACAAAAGUAUACAAUAGUUCAUUUGACAUCACAGUUAGUGAGCAAGGUACAAGCAUGGAUUCAGAUGUUUAAGCUAUUGGACUGUAAGGGAUUUUUUUUUUUUUUUUUUAAUAAAAGGAGGAAACUAGGUCAGUGCUUCUCCAUUAUUAUUAUUUUUUGAGUGAGGCACUGAGGAUAACUGCCAUGUUAGUUGCAUCACCAAUGUCAACUUAAGUGCCUUCUGUUUGAUCACCAGGCCUUGAGCCAAAGAUGGGCAAGUGAUAGCCUUUCAAAUGACUGAUGUAACAGGCACUUUCAUUUGCCUCCCUGAUAAUAGAAAAUUUGGCAAAAGUGGCACCCCCAAAAUGACCAAUCAAGCAAAAAGGCUGUUUCGUUACACCUUUAAAUGUUCACGUUUUGUUUGCAAGGGAAUCACUUUCAUCAAAAGAAUUGUAAUGUUUCUAAUUUUAAUUUGCUGUAUGGACUGUUAACGUGGAUAGUUUUAGUCAUAAAGACAACUUGAUGGGUGGAUUGCUGGGAAUCUGUCUUUUUUUUUUUUUUUGUGGAGAAAAAAAACUUACUGGGUUUGCUUCUGUAUUGCCAAAUGUGUUUUAAAACGCUGUAUUUUCUUACUUGGAAAAGUGUUACAACCAAUUGCAGGAGGGUGUGUUAAAACUUCAAUUAAGGGAAAACUGGAUGAGACUGACUUGAGAACAUUUAAAAUUGUGGCACUGUCACGUAGAAAUGAACAACCAUUAAAACAUUCCCUCUGAAAUCGA